AUGGAGUCAAAAGGACGAGGAAGAGCGAUCGGAAUUGUGAAAAUUACUCUGUUUCUAAUCAUUUUUUGCACAGCGGUAAAUUGUGUCUAUUCUCAAGUUACCGACAGCCUCAGUUUGUGUCUGUUGCAAACCUCGUGCACGGCUUGCCUGGAAGCGAGUUCGAGAUGCGCGUGGUGUAGUGACUGGGAAUACACAAAUACUUCUAUUGGGAAGCCGAGAUGCAGCACCGCCAAAUCUUUACAAGAUCUCGGUUGUCCCGAAUCGGCAAUGCAAGUAGCUGUCACGGAGAAAAUCGAAUUUAGUCAAAAUGAAGAAUUCCGGGACGUCACCGCUGGGAAAAUCCCGGUUCAACUUCGGCCUCAGAAGGUUCAGCUAAAGUUGAGGCCGCACUCAACGCAGGUGUUGAACCUUCAGUUUAGACCAGCCAAAAAUUAUCCUAUCGACUUGUACUACUUGAUGGACCUGACAUGGUCAAUGAAGGAUGAUAAGGACACGCUGGUUUCUUUGGGCGGAAAACUGGCAACGACUCUCGGUACCUUUACUGACAACUAUCGAGUGGGUUUCGGUAGCUAUGCCGACAAACCAUUAAUGCCGUACGUCUUUCCUGGCCACGAACAGAACCCGUGUCAAAGCGAACACGCCACGUGCGCUCCACUCUACGCCUUUAGACACCACAUGCGGCUUACCGGCGAUAUCCAGGAGUUUGUCACGAAAGUAAAUGAAAGUUCUGUAACUGGGAACGUGGACAACCUAGAGGGAGGCCUUGAUGGCGUAGUUCAAGCUGUUGUUUGUGCCGAUCAAGUUGGUUGGGCUCAUCAAGCAAGGAAGCUGAUGUUAGUGGCUACUGAUGGUUUUCUUCAUUUCGCCGGCGAUGGAAAGCUAGGCGGUGCGGUACGUCGAAACGAUUUGCAGUGUCAUUUGAAUGCCGAUGGCGAAUACUCCAUGUCAACAACUUACGACUACCCCUCGCUGGCUGAGGUGUCGAGAAUUCUUCUAGACCACAAAGUUAACGUAAUAUUUGCCGUAACGCAAGAUCGACGAAGUGAAUACGAACGUAUAGCGACGAUACUCGAGGAAAAGGCCAGGGUCGCUACCUUGGCCGGCAACAGUUCCAACAUUCUGGAGAUCGUGGAACGUGCUUAUCACGACAUCGUCUCCAAAGUUGUACUACGGGACAAUUCGACGGGCCCAUUCGCCCUCGAGUACUCUUCCAAAUGCGGAAACUUCUCUGGUCCGGAAUUAAAAACGUCGCAGUGCGACGGCAUCAAGGAGGGCCAGAUCUACGAUUUCAACGUCUCCUUCUCCUUGGGAUCAUGUCCGCAGAACAAAAGUCUUUGGAGGCAGAAGGUUGUCAUCGAAGACGCUCUGGCUUCGGAGGCUUCGCAGACAGAAAUCGAGAUAGAACUGAUGUGUGGGUGCGAUUGCGGCGAGCAGGACGAUACGUACUGCAAUCAAGGUGUGAACGAAUGCGGCUUGUGCAAGUGCGAUGCUGGCUGGUCAGGCGAAACCUGCGAUUGCCGAGAGAGUACCGGAGACAGUAUAAAUUCGCAAUGCAUCAACACCGGCGAAAAUGUUCCUUGCUCUAAUCGCGGCGACUGCAUUUGUGGAAGUUGCUCCUGUGAUCCAGGCUACUCAGGACGUUUCUGCCAGUGUUCCCCGUGCGAUAAGGUGAACGGUACCGAGUGCGGCGAAAUGGGCACAUGUGACUGCGGAAGCUGCGUCUGCAGGCCUGGCUGGACAGGCGACACAUGCCAAUGUCCCGUGGGAGACGCGCUGUGCAUUGCUCCGGGAAGCAAAGAAGUGUGUGGGAGUCAUGGAUACUGCGAUUGCGGCCAAUGCCGAUGCAACGGAACUGCCCCGGACGGGUUUUUCUACCGAGGCACAUUCUGCGAGUCCUCGGCAGGAGCUGGAGGCAGCGGACUCUGCGACCUUUACGAACCUUGCGUAAAUGCUACAGUCGAAGCACCGAGCGAUGCUGUUAAUCUUUGCCGUACCAACGUUACUGUUUACAAGACCGAACAGGUUUCAAAAGUAGAUAUUGCUAGUGACCACUACUGCUUCGUGAGAACUUAUACCUCAGACUCAUCGGUGUGCACGAUUCCCUAUGUUUACGAAUUCAACAAGGACAACACCGUUACUUUAAGCAUUGGGGAAAAGAUUUGCAGAACUCCACUACCGGCUGCGGUUGUACCGGGAGUGGCCUUUUUCUUAGUGGUAUUGCUGGGCAUUAUUGCCCUCCUGAUUUGGAAAUGCUGCACGGCGUUGAAGGAUAAGAGGGAGUACGCGAGAUUCGAAGAGGAACAAAAACACACGGUCUACGCUCUUGAAGAAAAUCCACUAUUUCGUCCUGCGACAACACGCUUUCGGGUACCAUCGAUGAUCAAAGAAGACUAAACAUAGCGCCGAUUGCACACACGGGUAAUAGAAACGGCACAAUAGUUACAGAAGAAAGAGUUUGCUUGAUUCGAAUUCGUGAAUGUACUUGCAAACAUUCUAGUCGUAAACUGUAAGUGAUUUUACACGCGCGAAAACUCAACGCAGAAAAUGCGUGAGUGUGUAUUAUUAUUCGUAGUUUGAUACGUAUUAUUACUCUAUACUAUAAAUAUACAGCGUCAAAUAUAAGCAGCAAUUAGCAUCGUAGGUUUUACGAUUUUUUAUAGACGAUCGAAAAGUUAAUUCACUUGUGAUGCGAUGUCAAUUUGUGAAUACGGAUCGUAAACUGGUUACAGAUUGAAUUUUACAUACGCUCGAUUUAACAACAAUAAACAUUUUGUAUAAAGUACCAAAUGACGAUGAUUAUUAUUGGUACGGAUGUAUAUUAUACAAUUCACGAACAUGUUGCUUUGCUGUCUUCCAAUAACUGAUCAAGAUUUCGAAUAAAGAAACUUGUCCUUCCA